GACAAAAUUUCAAAUCGAAAGUUAUCAUUAACGUUUCUAAAUAGAUCUUUGAAAGUUUGAAUUGAAUUGAAAGUUAAAUUUUCCAUCAUCAACAUGAACUACAAAUUUUGUCUCGUUAUUUUAAUCAUCGUGAGUUUGAUCAUCAACGCUCAAGCUGGAAGAGGUUUCAAUAGUCAGUCUGGAAACUCAGGUUCAGGUGGUCCUCCUUCUCAACCAGGAGGCUCUAAUGGCGAAUCAAUGGGAAUGCCAGGAAAUUCAGGAGGUUCCUCAUCCAACUCUGGUGGUGGAAUGCCUCAAAUGCAGGGUUCCUCUUCUGGUUCACAAUCGGGCUCCGGUUCAAGCUCUGGUUCAAGCUCUGGUUCAGGUUCUGGUUCAGGUUCUGGUUCAGGUUCUGGUUCAAGUUCUGGACAAGGAAGGCAAAGAGGACAAAGGGGACAGUCUGGUCGAGGUCGAGGUGGAAAUACGAGCGGCAAAUGAAGCAGUUGAAAUCUCUGAACAAAAUGAACAGUUUUUAAGGCUCCUGUAACAUUUAAGAUGUAAUACAUGACAUAUUAAAUCUAAGAUGAAUAAUGAAAA